AUGCAGCUCCUGGUGAGGGUGCCGUCUCUUCCGGAGCGGGGCGAGCUGGACUGCAACAUCUGCUACCGGCCCUUCAACCUCGGGGACCGCGAGCCCCGCCGCCUCCCCGGGACGGUGCGCGCCCGCCGCGGCCACACGCUCUGCACCGCCUGUCUGCGCGAGUCGGCGGCGCGUGGCGACGGCGGCGGGGCGGCCGCGCGCGCAGUGCGUCUGCGCCACGUCGUCAUGUGCCCCUUCUGUCGCGCGCCCACCCCGCUCCCGCGCGGCAGGGUCACUGAAGUCGCUGUCGACCCGGGCUUGUGGUCGCGCUUGGAGGCAACAGCGCGGGCCGCGCACGAAUCUAGUGGAGCGGGUGGUCCGGUUCGGGAAAGCGGCGAUGUGGACCGAGAGGCCGAUGGAGGAAAAGGAGAGAAGGGGGCGGGGCCUAGGAGCGCGGGAUGGCGUGAGCUCCUGCGGCCCUGGGCCCGGGGGCUGGCACCCGCGCGCAGGUGGCGGCGCCCGCUGCCUAGCAACGUGCUGUACUGUCCGGAGAUCAAGGACUCGGCCCACAUGACCCGCUGCACGCUGUAACCGCGGAACCCUGAAGCCACGGAAGAAGAAAGGUGGGAGCUGCAUUCUCGGGGCGCGCUGUACUACAAGGAACUGGUACCAAGCCCACCCCCUGUCAUAUCCCGGAUUGCCACGAAUGAGGGAGGUGAGCCAAGGGCAGGAGGGAACGCCCUGGGAGGUGAUGCUGCGCUGGGUAGGCUCCUAGACGAAUCGCCCCCAUCUACUGACUCUGCCAGCCUUGCAUAUUCAGGAUGGAAUGGCCCAGGGAGGAUAGAAACAAAGUCUACGUUCCCGUGGGAAGAAGACAGACUAUUUCCCUAGCUGUGACUUUGGCUUUUGUCCAGGGCAGCUCUGGUGUGUGGGAGCAACAGGUCCCAUUUUAGCAAUUCUGUGUCAAUGAUUUGAAAGUUUAAAAAAGAUGGAACAGGAGAGAAGAGGCUGAUUUCCAUGUCAUAUUAAUCUCACUUCUCUAGCACCUAAGAGAACUGAGAAAAAUAAACCAUACCCACCCUACUCCCUCCGCUGGUAUGCCUACUAGUUUCCCCAUUCCCAGUACUGUGUUCCUAAAAUUGUCAAGACGCAUCCCCACCUAUGAAGUUAGGAGCCUCGCUUCAUUUCAGAAUCUCCCUUCAACCUGUUAGGGCAGGUAUGACAACGUCCAAAGGGCAUUUAUCCGAGUCACCUCAUUAGGGCCUAUCAAGGAUAGGAGGGAGAGCCAUUUGGCAACGGCAGUGAAUUGUAAACUUUUGAUAUUAUUUUUACAGCCACAAGGAAACACUGUCACUACUGAAAAAAGAUGCUCAUCAUACAAUUUUAAACUUGUGUCCCAUAUUUAGACAUCACCUAUUUCAGGGCAGGGGUUCAAUUUAAAAGUCCUGUUCGUUAUCUCGUGAUCGUAGAGUUACAGUCAAGGACCAGCAGCAUCAGCAUGACUGGGAGCCUGUUGGAAGCGCAAAAUCUCAGGAUUCCACUUCUGACUUACAGAAUUAGACUCUGCAUUUUAACAAGAAUCCCAGGUGAUCCAUUUAAAUAAAAAUUUAAGCAGCACUGGUCCAGGUCCUAGACUAUGUUGCAUUUUCCCCUUAGUUAAAAAGGGGAACUUAUUAAGAAUAAACCUCAAUUUUUCUAACUAUGUUUUUACCUUUUUCCUUUCCUUAAGUCUGAAGUCUCAGCUUAAAUAUUCCCUCUUUAGGGAGGUCUUUCUCAGCUUUCAAUCUGGUGUAGCCCCCCUCCCUCGCCCUCUGUAAUACAAUGCCUUGUUUUAUUUUUUCACUACUUUUAUUUUCUGAUAUGUGUUUUGUUGGUGUCCUGCACUACAGUGUAAGCUCCAUGACAGCAGUGACUAACUUGUGACUGUUGUAUCUGCAAGGGCAACAGCAGUGUUUUUAACAUGUACUCAAUAAAUGCUUGUUGGAAUUACAUUUUUUAAUAUAA